UUCCAAGCCUCAUAGUAUUUUCUAAGUGCUUAAAUGGCUACCAGAAGGCGCUGCUUACUUUCACGCUUACUUGGAUUACUCCUGAGCGCUUUAGUUGGCGUGACAUGUGGGUCAGAGCUGUCCUUCACUCUGGAGCCCAGUGACAUCAUCGCGGUGCAGGAGCAGCCCCUCAUGCUCCACUGCCAGGUGGACGGCAUCCCACCCAUCACCACGCAGUGGCGGAGGAACGGCGCGCCCCUGUCCGAGGACCACAACUACGCCAUGUUCGCCAACGGCUCGCUGCUAAUCGGCCGCUUCCAGCAGACCAAGUCGGACGGCUCCUCGGACGAGGGCGACUACGAGUGCGUGGCCCAGAACUCCUUCGGGCUGGUGGUGAGCCGCAAGGCGCGGGUGCAGGCUGCCACGAUGGCGGAGUUCCACGUUCAGCCCCAGUCGGUGCGGGCGGAGGAGGCGGGGGCGUGUCGCUUCCAGUGCCAGAUACACGGCCUUCCAGAGCCCGUCAUCAGCUGGGAGAAGGACGGCCGGCCCGUGGACACGGAGGACGAGAGGUAUACCCUCUUGCCCACGGGUGUGCUUCAGAUCACAGGCCUGCGGGCCGAGGACAGCGGUGUGUUCUGCUGUGUGGCCCACAACAGCGCCGGAGUCAAACACAGCGCUGAGGCCAGCCUCACCAUCUCAGGCUCUCAGUCCUCUGUUUACAAGGAGCCGGUGAUUCUGGUGGGCCCCGAAAACCUCACCCUCACCGUUCACCAGACCGCCAUUUUGGAAUGCGUCGCCACGGGAUACCCACGCCCGAUCGUGUCCUGGAGCAGACUGGACGGACGCCCCAUCGGUGUGGAGGGGAUCCAGGUGCUGGGAACAGGGAACCUGAUGAUCUCGGACGUCCGGGUGCAGCACUCUGGGGUCUACGUCUGCGCAGCCAACAAGCCCGGGACGCGCGUGCGCAGAACUGCGCAGGGCCGGCUGGUGGUGCAAGCCCCGGCGGAGUUUGUGCAGCCUCCCCAGUCCAUCGCCCGGCCCGUGGGCACCACCGCCAUCUUCACCUGCCUGGCGCAGGGCGAGCCCGUGCCCCAGCUCACCUGGCUGAAGAACGGCCAGAUCCUGGAGCCGGGGGGCCACGUCAAACUCAGGAACAACAACAGUACGCUGACCAUCUACGGCAUCAGCCAGGAGGACGAGGCCAUAUACCAGUGCAUUGCGGAGAACAGCGCGGGCUCCACCCAGGCCAGCGCGCGGCUGACGGUGCUGUGGGCCGACGGGCUCCCCGGCGUGCCCGGCUCGGUCCGCGCAGACUCACUCUCCCCCACCGCCAUCCAGGUGUCGUGGAAGGAGCCGGCCCAGAACACUCAGGACAUCAUCGGCUACGUGCUGCACAUCCGCAAGACGGCAGACCCGGUGGAGAUGGAGUACCAGGAGGCGGUCAGCAAGAGCACCCUGCAGCAGGUGGUGAGCGACCUGGAGCCCUCCACCAGCUACACCUUCUACGUGAAGGCCUACACCUCGCGCGGGGCCAGCAAGCCGUCCGAGGCGGCGGUGGAGAUGACGCUGGGGGAGGGUGAGUAUUCCGUUGCCAUUUCAGUGCCGGCACCCCCGUCCCUCUUCACCAGGGUGGUGAACAGCACUGCGGUGCAGGCCACGUGGGAGCCGUCUGGAAAGCUGGGCCAGCACGACGGCUACAAGCUCUACUACCGCAAGGUGCACUCCGUCCAGUUCACGGGACCCCUCACCUUUGGCCGCAACAUCACACAGUACAACAUCACACAGCUGGACCCAUCCCUGGUGUACGAGGUGAAGGUGCUGGCGUUCAACCAGCACGGCGACGGCAACGCCACCGUGCGCUUCGUCUCCAUGAAGGAGGCCAUGGAGAGAUCAGUGCUGAGCCCUCCCUGUGACUGCGUGAAGGAGGAGCAGAGUAAGACCUCCACCACGGGCAUCAUCAUCGGCAUCCACAUCGGCGUCACCUGCAUCAUCUUCUGCGUGCUGUUCCUCAUGUUCGGGUACCGGGGGAGGUUGAUGAUGUGCAAGAACGUGCAGGACCAGCUGGCCACGCCGCAGGUGGCACGCAGUGCGCCCCCGGACGACCCCUCGCCUGCCCACGGCGCCCUGGCUCUGAACGGGGUGACCCGGCCGGGCGGGGACGGCGGCGGGGGAGUGGCGGGGAAGACGAGGAGGGACGCCAACGAACUGGAGAGACUCUUCCCAGGGCCGUCCAAUGGGAGCAGACCGGGCUGGGGGCACACGAUGGAGUCCACCUCGGCCCCCUGUCCGCUCAACGAAACGCAGACGUCCACGCUGCCCCCGGACGAGUUCAGCCUGGUGGAGGAGGGGGAGACGCAGUUUCGGGAGCCGCCGGCGGAGGGCAGGGGUCGGGACGGGCAGCAGGGCGAAGGGUGAUUGCCAAGUGUGCGAGGCUGCCGCCCACUGGUGGUGCGUGUGGCGCCUCCGCUCUGACUCUUCUCAUUCUCAGGUCAAACCGAAGUAUUUCAGUUCAGUUUCGUCGCUUUUAGUUUGUGCAAAGAUUUAUUACCGGUAAAU